GGAGGGCGGGGGCGGUGGGGGGAGCCGGAGCUGCCUGGGCGCUUGCCAUGAAGCCAGAGGGGAAGAGCCCGAGCACGGUCACCUCGCCUCCACUCGGGCCCGAGCGGCGAGGCGGCGGGCGCGGGGCCGGCGGUGGCCGCGGAGAGCAGCAGCCCUGGCUUCAGCCCUCCCCUCCCCGGGCCAUGACGCCGCCGCCGCCGCCUCCGCACCCCGACUCCCUGGUGGUCUUGUUUGGGGCAACCGCUGGUGCUCUGGGGGCUAAGCUGGGCUCGGAGGAGCGGGAGCUAAUUCUCUUGGUGUGGCAAGUUGUGGAUCUUCGCAGCCGGAAGGUGGGGACCCUGCACAAGUCCCUGGUUCGCGCGGACGACAGCGAGCUGAGCGAGCAGUGCCGGGAGGCCAGCGGUCUGAGCGCGGAGGGGCUGGGCCGGGCCGAGCCGCUGGACAAAGUGCUGCAGCAGUUCUCACAGCUGGUCCUGGGGGACGUGGAGCUCCUGGGCGGGGGCUCCUACACACUCUGCACGGAUGGGCCGCUCCUGGUUCGGCAGGUCCUCCACCCGGAGGCUUCGAGAAAGAACCUGGUGCUGCCCGGCUCUUUCUUCUCUUUCUACGACCUGCGCAGGGAGUUCCACGCGCAGCGGCCCGAGGCCGGCCCGGCCCGAGACCUCACCGUGGCCGCCAUGGCGCAGAACUUGGGGCUAGAAACAGAUGCUGCUGAGGAUGACUUUGGUGUGUGGGAAGUGAAAACCAUGGUGACCAUCAUUUGCCAUCUCCUCUCGGAACAGAAUCACAGUUUCACAGAACCGGAAAUCGUCAAGUGCAAGUACGAUUCUGGACCCUGCAGCAAGGCCGAGGUGGUGGACAACGAGACCGUGGUCCGGGCCAGAGGCCUCCCCUGGCAGUCCUCCGACCAGGACAUCGCCCGAUUCUUCAAGGGGCUCAACAUUGCCAAGGGCGGCGUCGCGCUGUGCCUGAACGCCCAGGGCCGCAGGAACGGGGAAGCGCUCGUCCGCUUUGUGGACUCGGAGCAGAGGGACCUGGCCUUGGAGCGGCACAAGCACCACAUGGGUGCCCGAUACAUCGAGGUGUACAAGGCCUCGGGGGAAGAGUUCCUCAAGAUCGCUGGGGGCACGUCCCACGAGGUGGCUCAGUUCCUGUCUCGGGAGGACCAGGUGAUCAUCCGCAUGCGGGGGCUGCCCUUCACGGCCACCCCGGCCGACGUGCUGGCCUUCCUGGGGCCCGAGUGCCCGGUGACCGGCGGGCACGAGGGCCUGCUCUUCGUCCGCUACCCGGACGGGCGGCCCACGGGGGACGCCUUCGCGCUCUUCGCCUGCGAGGAGCUGGCCCAGAGCGCGCUGCGCAAGCACAAGGGCAUCCUGGGCAAGCGCUACAUCGAGCUGUUCCGGAGCACGGCGGCCGAGGUUCAGCAGGUCCUGAACCGCUACACGUCGAGCCCGCUGAUCCCCACGCUUCCGGCCCCCCUGAUCCCGGUGCUGCCCGCGCCCUUCCCCUUGGCGGGCGCAGGUGUGCGGGACUGCGUGCGGCUGCGGGGCCUGCCCUACACGGCCAGCAUCGACGACAUCCUGGGCUUCCUGGGGGAGGCGGCCGGGGACAUCCGGCCCCACGGGGUGCACAUGGUGCUGAACCAGCAGGGCCGGCCGUCGGGGGAUGCCUUCAUCCAGAUGAAAUCUGCAGACCGAGCACUCGUGGCCGCCCAGAGGUGCCACAAAAAGAUGAUGAAAGAGCGCUACGUGGAGGUCUUUCCCUGCUCAGGGGAGGAGAUGAGCCUGGUGCUGAUGGGGGGCACCCUGAGCCGCAGCGGCAUGUCCCCCCCACCCUGCAAGCUGCCCUGCCUCUCCCCUCCCACGUACGCUGCCUUCCAGACGGCCACGGCCGUGAUCCCCACCGAGGCCACGGCCGCCCUUUACCCUCCGUCAGCCCUUCUCCCUGCAGCGCGGGCUCCCUCAGCCCCCACCCCCGUCACCUACUACCCCCCGCCGGCCACUCAGCUCUACAUGAACUACACGACCUAUUACCCCAGCCCCCCGGUCUCCCCCACCACCGUGGGCUACCUCACGGCUCCCUCGGCCGCCGUGGCCCCGGCCCCCGCCUCGGUGCUGCAGCAGCCGGGGGCGCUGGUGAGGAUGCAGGGGCUCCCGUACACGGCCGGGGUGAAGGACAUUCUCAGCUUCUUCCAGGGCUACCAGCUCCCUGCAGACUCUGUCCUGGUCCUCCACAGCUUCAGCGGCCGGCCUCGGGGAGACGCCCUGGUCACCUUCCCCAGCCUGGACGCCGCGCGGCGGGCUGUGGCUGAGGAGCAUGGCCGGACCCUGGGUGGUCAGCACGUCCAGCUCUCCCUGGUAUGACCCGCCACGCCAGGGCGGAGGGCGCCGACCCUCGUCUCUGACACCCAAGUGCCUUGAAGGGGAGAAGGGCGGAGGGUCCUUCCUUCCUUCCCCCCUCCCUCACACAGUUUCCCCCCCCCCCCCCC